AUGAUGAAUAUCCUAAGUGGAAUGAUGGGAAUGGGAGGCGGUCUUGGUGGCCAUUAUAGUUGCACAAUGCGAGCGUAUUCAGCUGUAUUUUUUGACGCAGAUGCAGCCAAGGUUAAUGAACUCAACCAUGGUGGAAAGAUAUUGCUGCCAAAUUCCACAUUAGAUUACCUCAUCCGUUAUAAUGUGCCGUAUCCCAUGCUUUUCAAGGUAGCAUCUAUUGGUGAAAAUCCUCGGGCCACAAACUGCGGAGUGUUGGAGUUUUCUGCUCCCGAGGGAAAAUGUUAUCUUCCUCAGUGGAUGAUGAAACAGCUCCGUAUUGACGAAGGCGCUGAAGUUCGAGUUGACUCUGUAACCCUGCCGUCUGCUACUUAUGCGAAACUGAAACCACAGUCUUUGGAGUUUUUGAACAUCAGUAAUCCGAGGGCCGUCUUGGAGGUCGAAUUGCGAAAGUUUGCUUGCCUGACUAAGAAUGACAUGAUCGCUGUUAUGUAUGCAGAUCAAGUACUCGAGUUUUUGGUGCAAGAAGUAAAACCCAGCAAUGCAGUGUGCAUCAUCGAAUGCGACCUUAAUUUGGACUUUGACGCACCCGAAGGUUAUGUUGAAGAGCCCAGCACCACUCGACAACCGUCUACCUUCAAGCCUCCUGCCCCUGUUAUGAAGUCUGUACCAGCGGCGAACGGUGCUCACUUCUCAGCAUUUUCCGGAUCUGGGCAGCGUCUCGAUGGGAAGAAAAAGCCGUCUUCGAAUAGCUUGUGUAGCGAUCAGGGAGAGGAACUGCUUAAUAAUUUGACUUCUUUACCUCCAGUUGUAUACAUUGAAGACUACAAGCCAGGGAAGUUAUCAUUCAUUCGAUACGAUUAUAAGUCGCGUUUCGAAACCGAACGUGAAAUGCAGGAGUCGAAGCAAUCCGCCGGCAGAAAAGCCGUGCCUUUUGAAGGAUCGAGUGCUACCAUAAAAAGGAGAUAUUAAUAGAAUCUAGUAAUCCGAGUGUUUUGAAGCAUCAUCGUACCGUUCUGUUAUGUAUUCUUAUUGCUGCACUGCUGGGGCUUACCUUGACGCCACCACUUCAUUCCUUCUUUUCUUUACAGAAAUUUAUCGCAAAACGGUUGCGAUGAUUCUCAUAUCUUUCUGCCGCAUUAAAAUUUGUAAAGCGGAAUCUGAAGUAUUGUACUUUUAUGUAAAUAAAUGAGACUACGACUUUAUUUUAAUAAAUUGUUCUUGAU